GCCGUACCAUCAAGAGCAAAGUCAGGAACAAUAGUGGUACAUUCAGCGAAGAUACGCUAAUGAACAGUGUUUGCAAAUGAACAGUGUAACAGCAAUCUGAUGAAUAAUGUCCGUCUUUGAUUUGUAUUAUUUAAAAUCAUAUUCGACGCUUACAAGGAUUUCACUGUUUUUAACAGCUUUUAGUCAUAGGUUGAUAUUGGCGACACCUGUUACUGGUGUGGCUUUGCCAGGCAAAUGUAAGCAAGGGUUAUAGGUGCUAAACUGCGAAAAAAAUACAAUUAUUUUCAUGAGACGGCCGUACCUGUUUAUUUAUUAAUAAUUUGUCAAAUUGUGGUUUUGUUUUUGAUAUAAAGUAACCAACUCGUUUCCUAAUGGAAGCCUAUUUCUGGUCUUAGUUUUCAUGUUCACCAAUGAAGAGUGCUAACUUCUAUAGCUAGGAAGUCGUGAAUGGCACUAAGAAUUCUAAAGCUUCGCUCUCCAGCUGUGGAUAUUUGUCUUUCCUCUUCAUGCAGAACACGACCUUCCGCCAUGUCGGCAGCUGCUGAGGUUCAGAGGACGGCGGCCGUGGACCUGGGCGCCCUGCUGGACGCGGGCGACGGCGCGGUCGUCACGCUGGUGGCGGGAGAGACGCGGCUGGCGGCGCACCGCGCGGUCCUGGCCGCCAGGAGCCCCGUGUUCCGAGCCAUGUUCCAGCACGACACGCUGGAGGCCAGCUGCGGCGAGGUCAGAAUUACAGACGUGGGGGCCCGGUGCUGAGGCAGCUAUUGUCUUACGUGUACACCCUGCAGGCACCCCAGCUGACCGACACGGCCCCGGAGCUGUUGACAGCAGCCGACAAAUACGGCCUGUCCGCGCUGAAGGCCGCCUGCGAACAGCAGGUGGCGGCACAGCUGGAGGUGGAGACGGCGGCGGCUGCAGCUGUGCUGGCGGUGAGGCACUCGUGCCCCAGCCUAACUGCGGCCGCCAUCCACUUCAUAAGGUCUCAAACACACAAAGUAAUGGCGACGCAGGGCUGGGCAGAUGCUAUGCGUAGCUGCCCUGAGCAUCUGACUGAAGUCAGUCGGCUGCUCAGUGAACCACCAGCAGAAGCCAGCGCGGGCCGUGGCUCCAGCAGUCCCAGCACCGCCACGCGGCCACUCGGCGACCCCGGCUGCUCUCCUGCCGCGGCUGCCCGCCACACUCCGCCGCCACCAGACGACGCGGCCGUCUCUCGCCUGCGGAGCCUCUCUCAACAGGAGAGAGGGAGGAGGCUGAUAGAGGCGGCCAAGCAGGGCGCGGUGGAGCAGCUGCGCGAGUUACUGGCGGCGGGGGCGGACGUGGGGGCGAGGGAGGAGAAGUGGGGGACCAGCUGUACCGCCCUGCACCUGGCAGCAGGCAGGGGUCACGUGGCGGCGGCCAGCUGCCUCGUCGGCGCCGGCGCGGAGGUCGACGCCAGGAGCAGCGUGUUUCAGAGGACACCCCUGCACUGGGCUGCAUUCAAUGGCCACGCUGAUUUCAGGUUUCAGUGUGACGCUGCAGCUAAGGGAACAGUGCAGAAUACAGCAGCAGUGGCGGCGGAGAGCGGGAAGGCGUUCCCCGCGCAUGCGCCGGCAGCGGAUUCGCCGCGCGGCGUGACGGUGAGUGGCUGGGGUGAGGGCUCGCGAGCCAGCCGUGGGGCCGCGACAGAGACUCGCGCCCGCCAGCCUCCAGUACUCGGCUGCGAGGCGGACCUGCAACUUCCCCUCAGUCAGCAUCGGCCGCCAGGGCCCACCUGUGGCGCAGCAGGCGGUCACGUGUGUAACCGCUACACGGCGAGACAAACAACUUAG